AUGGGGGACGAUCCGGCACGGUUAUAUCGCUUGGACGGAGUCGCUCAUAUAGCCGGGGUCAUCAACAAGGAGCCCCAGCGAUGCAUUAGGAGCAUGCGGCGGCAGCAGGGCAUGCGACUUGAUGACAGAUACGUUCCGUACUUGCAGAUGGCAGGUCUAUACCAUCUUGCAAGGCUGAACGACCGAUGGUUCCGGCUAGACGAGGCCCUUGUCAGUGCAUUCGUGGAGCGAUGGCGUCCCGAGACGCACACGUUCCAUAUGCCGUUCGGAGAGUGCACGAUCACACUCCAGGACGUGGCAUACCAGCUGGGUUUGCCAGUGGACGGCCGUUACGUGAGCGGGUGCUUGUCAGAGUUCCAUAUAUACAUCGAGGGUGGCCGUCCAGCCUGGGUCUGGUUCCAGGAGUUGCUCGGAGUUAUACCUCCUCCCAGUCAGGUUCAGAAGUACGUAGUGAACUGCAACUGGUUUCAGGAGACUUUCGGUGAGUGCCCUGAGGAUGCAGAUGAUGACACUGUGCGCCGAUAUGCCCGUGCGUACAUCAUGAUGUUGUUGGGCAUGCAGCUGUUUGCGGACAAGUCAGGGAACCGAAUUCACAUCAGAUGGCUUCCGUACGUAGCGAUGCUGGAGAAGCUGGGUACCUACAGUUGGGGUUCUGCCGCACUGGCUUGGUUGUACCGGUGCAUGUGCCGAGUGACGAACAGACAUGACGUCAAAUGGUCAGGUUACAACCCUUCCGGGAGCGAGAAGGGUCCUAGAGUGCAGAUGUGGAGGCUCAGGAUAGACCGUUGCCCUAACAAGGGUGAGUUCCUUUUGCAGUUUAUAUGGAUGCCGUACAGUAGCCCCGACGUACUUCAGGUUGUGCAUCCAGAGGUUUUGGAGCCUCGGCAUAUGGCGUUGUGGCGCUCUGUGACCGCGCUGAUCUACUUUUCUGUCAUAGAGUGGCAUCAGAUAGAUCGUGUUCUUCCGCAGUUUGGAGGGGUACAGCCCCCUCCGCAUCCCGCCCUGAACAUUGACUUUCUGAUGUCCAAGGACGGGAGAGGCGGCGAUCGAUGGUUCCCGUCUACUUUGCAAAAGUGGCAUCUCCUUUGGGACUCUCGUCAGGACUGUGUGCUGAGGUUCGACGUUGUUGCCGACCCCGGACCGUCGCAUGCGUUCCUUGAUUGGUGGAGUCAGCAUGGGAAGAGGUUCUUGUCUCCGGAGACGCAAUUGGGGGAUCCUAGAGCAGUUCCGAUUCCAGUUGAGGCCUCACAGCGGGGUCCGGGGUGA